AUGGAGGGUAAAAGAGCCAAUGAUCGUCGUUCAACUGAGAAGUCUCCGAGAUGUGUAUGGGUUCCCGGACCGGUCAUCGUCGGAGCCGGACCGUCAGGGCUCGCCGCAGCAGCUUGCUUGAAAGGGAAAGGGGUACCAAGUGUAAUUUUAGAAAGAGCAAACUGUAUAGCUUCGUUAUGGCAGCUGAAGACUUAUGAUCGUCUUCGUCUUCAUUUACCGAAGCAAUUCUGUGAGCUUCCUCUCAUGCCCUUCCCGGAAAAAUUUCCGACUUACCCUACAAAGCAACAGUUCAUUGGGUACUUAGAAACAUACGCGAGGAGAUUUGAUAUUAAGCCUGUGUUUAAUGAAACUGUGGAGUGUGCUAAGUACGAUCGUAGUCUCGGGUGGUGGCGCGUGAGGUGUGUUGGGAUGAAGGAGGAGACGGAGUACGUGUGCCGGUGGUUGGUGGUGGCGACGGGGGAGAAUGCGGAGGCGGUGGAGCCAGAGAUUGAAGGAGUAGAGGAGUUUAGAGGGACAAUAGUGCAUACGAGUUCGUAUAAGAGUGGUGAUGCUUUUGAAGGAAAGAGAGUUUUGGUGGUGGGAUGUGGAAAUUCAGGAAUGGAGGUGUGUUUGGAUCUCUGCAAUCAUAAUGCUCAGCCUUCCCUUGUCGUCAGAGAUACAGCAACCAGCCAGGCCUCCCAAGGACUAGGUGGGUCGUGCCGUGUGGCUGUGCACCUCCUACCACGAGAGAUGCUGGGAACUUCAACUUUCGGAUUGUCCAUGUGUCUGCUCAAAUGGCUGCCCAUGCGCCUUGUUGAUCGCCUCCUAUUGAUCGUGUCGUGGCUAAUGCUCGGAGACACCACAAGAUUUGGCCUCAACCGGCCUCGACUGGGGCCACUUGAGCUGAAGAACUUGACCGGAAAGACACCGGUGCUGGAUGUUGGGACACUGUCCAAAAUCAAAAGUGGAGACAUCAAGAUAUAUCCAGGCAUUCGGCGAUUAGAGCGUUACACCGUCGAAUUUGCGAAUGGGAGAAGAGAAAUUUUUGAUGCAAUCAUUUUAGCAACUGGUUACAAAAGCAAUGUGCCAUCUUGGCUAACGGAGAGCAAAAUGUUUUCGGAGAAAGAUGGGCUACCUCGAAGACCUUUUCCGAAUGGUUGGAAAGGAGAGGAUGGUCUAUACGCGGUGGGGUUCACUAAGCGAGGCCUGCUUGGUGCAUCCAUGGAUGCUAAAAGAGUCGCGGAGGACAUUAAAUUGUGUUGGAAAGACGAGGCAAAGCAUUUCACUCCCUUUUCUUCCUCCUUUUCGUCGCAAUCAUAGGUACUGUUUUCGGUUAGAAACUAGAGGUUUGUUUGAAGAGGACAUGAUUGGAACGUUUUGGUGGUACGAUUGGCACAAUGGUGGUAACAUAACAAGAAGUUGCUCAUCCAAUUGAAGAAAAGGAGAAAAGUGAAGACAAUUACAUCAGUCAUCCCCACCUUGCCAUUGACGCCAGAACAGGGAAAGGCAGGACUUGAGAGAGAAAAAGAAGACAGAUGGUAUUUUUUUUGUGGGGGACCUUAGUCAUCUAAUGUAUCUGUACAUUUUGUACAUUGCCAAUUUUUUCUAAUUAGUAGGUGUGACUUAGAGAUAGAUAGAAAGAGAGAGAGAAAGAGAGAGAGAG